UCUUGUGUCAUUGUCGAAUGUAAAAUCUAAAAUCAAAAGCAAAUCAAAUAAAUUUUCUGAAUCCUCAUAUAUUCCACAUUGAAAUAAUGGUUUUGUGAAUGGCUUCCCUAGAUUGAGAGAAAAACCAUCUAAUGCUUAAUUCUCAGUGUCAUCAGCACAAUUCAUUGAAAAAUGAAUUAUAGUACUAAUUCUGUUGGUUAUUUCAAUUUCAAAGUUGUGCUUUUAGGUGAAGGAUGUGUUGGAAAAACUAGUUUAGUUCUUAGAUAUGUGGAAGAUAAAUUCAAUAACAAUCAUAUAAGUACAAUUCAAGCUUCAUUUCUGAAUAAGAAGCUGAAUAUAGAUGGAAAAAGAGUUAAUUUAUCAAUAUGGGAUACAGCAGGUCAAGAAAGGUUUCAUGCCCUAGGUCCUAUAUAUUAUCGUUCAUCUAAUGGAGCAGUUUUAGUUUAUGAUAUAACAGAUGAAGAUUCGUUUCAAAAAGUAAAAUGUUGGGUAAAGGAACUGAGGAGGAUGUUAGGCACAGAUAUUUGCCUCAUUAUAGUGGGAAACAAGACUGAUUUAGAAAAAGACAGGCAUGUUAGUUAUGAAGAUGCAGAAACAUAUGCUUCUAAAGUGGGGGCAGUAUACUUUGAAACAUCAGCAAAAUUAAAUCAAGGAGUAGAAGAAAUGUUUUUUACAUUGACCGAAAAAAUGAUGGAAGCUCAUCAGAAUAAAAUGGCAAAAACAACUUCUCUCAAUAGGCAAAAUUCUUUGAGAAAUAAUAUUCUUGUUGUUGAAGAUGAUCAGGUAGAGCAACCUUCCAAACAUUGCUGUGGGAGUUCUUAAAUCGAAGAU